CAAUCGUCAUUCCAUAUCGGGACAGAUUGGAACAUCUCGGAAUUCUAUUACGUAAUCUUUACCAAGUAUUAACUCUUCAAAACCUUGAGUUUGGCAUCUUCGUAUCGGAACAGGCCAACGAUAAUGUGUUUAACCGUGGUCUAUUAAAGAAUAUCGGAUACAUGGAAGCGACCAACUUUGGGUCGUGGGACUGUGUGAUAUUUCAUGAUAUCGACCAGAUACCGAUGAGGGCGACAAACUGGUACGGCUGUGACGAGAUGCCAAGACACUUGUGUGCGUACGCAGAAGAGCUGGGAUUCAAAUUACUCUACGGAAACAUAUUUGGCGGAGUUGUCGGGCUAACAGCAGAACAGAUGAAGAAGUCAAAUGGAUAUUCUAAUGUUUACUGGGGGUGGGGUGCCGAGGACGAUGACCUUCGAUCAAGACUCGCUAAAGUGGAAUAUAAAAUUCAUCGAGCGUCGGGCGAAGGCUACUACAAAACGUUGAAACAUAAGAAGAAGUCAGCGAGCCAGAUCUGCCCUGAAAGGUUUUGUUUGUUUAGUCGAUUCGCUGAACGGAUGGAGUGGGAUGGCAUUAGCAAUACACGAUACACAGCCAACGUUACGCUCAAUCUACUAUUUACUCACAUAGCAGUUGAUGCAAGAAAGGAAGACUGGAACAUAUUUCCGAAAUGCCAGAAGUAAUGGACUAGAGGGAGAUGACAAAAAAAAUGGCUUAAAAGUUGCUCGACUGGCAACUACACUGCAAAAACUCCGGUGUUGAUUUAACACCAGCCCGGAAUAUAUAUUAUAUCCACACCAGAGAAGUGUUAAACAACACCAGUUCGUUUUGGUCUAACACCAGAAUGGUGUUUAUACAACACUAGUUAGUAUUAAACAGCAUCGGUUUGAUUCCAAACUGGUGUUGUUUCAAUACUUCUCUGGUGUGGACAAAUAUAGAUUCCGGGCUGGUGUUAAAUCAACACCGGAGUUUUUGCAGUGUAUGGUAUGCCAGGCAAAUUUGUACGCUGUAAAAAUGAAGCGCUGAUUUAGCACUUACAGUGUUUGUAUAGGGACUGCACUGCUAGUGCUGAUUUUCUAGCUCAAAUUUAAAGUAGAGAAUUAACACUCGUAGUGCAGUCACUAUACAAGCACUGUAAGUGCUAAAUUAGCACUUCAUUUUUUACAGUGUACUGUCCUGAUGAUAUUCCACGUGAAAUUUACCCACAAUAUUUCAUUGGGACCAUUAUUGAAGGGAUGCUUUAGACUUAAAAUAAAAGGAUUUGAACAGAUGAACAAAAAUCAGACGAACAAAUUACUGAAAAAUUGAACAAGGAAUUUAAAAAAGUUAUGGCAUUUCAAAGAUUUGCAUGAAUAUUCAAUGAGCAAACUGGUGAUGCCAUGAUAAUAUAUCCCAACUUGUUCUUCUGUAUUUUAUUGUAUGAAAUAAGGUUAGUUCAAUUUUUGUCUCACCUGCAUAGCAGAGUGAGACUAUAGGCGCCGCUUUUCCGACGGCGACGGCGGCGGCGGCGGCGGCGGCGGCGGCGGCGGCGACGGCGGCGUCAACACCAAAUCUUAACCUGAGGUUAAGUUUUUGAAAUGACAGCAUAACUUAGAAAGUAUAUGGACCUAGUUCAUGAAACUUGGCCAUAAGGUUAAUCAAGUAUUACUGAACAUCCUGCCUGAGUUUCAUGUCACAUGACCAAGGUCAAAGGUCAUUUAGGGUCAAUGAACUUAGACCAUGUUGGGGGAAUCAACAUCAAAAUCUUAACCUAAGGUUAAGUUUUUGAAAUGUCAUCAUAACUUAGAAAAUAUAUGGACCUAGUUCAUGAAACUUAUACAUAAGGUUAAUCAAGUAUCACUGAACAUCCUGCAUGAGUUUCACGUCACAUGACCAAGGUCAAAGGUCAUUUAGGGUCAAUGAACUUUGGCCGAAUUGGGGGUAUCUGUUGAAUUACCAUCAUAACUUUGAAUGUUUAUGGAUCUGAUUCAUGAAACUUAGACAUAAUAGUAAUCAAGUAUUACUGAACAUCCUGUGCAAGUUUCAGGUCACAUGAUCAAGGUCAAAGGUCAUUUAGGGUCAAUGAACUUUGGCCAAAUUGGGGUAUUUGUUGAAUUACAGCCAUAAAUUUGAAAGUGUGUUGGUCUAGUUCAUAAAACUUGGACAUAAUAGUAAUCAAGUAUCACUGAACAUCCUGUGCGAGUUUCAGGUCACAUGAUCAAGGUCAAAGGUCAUGUAAGGUCAAAGAACUUUGGCCACGUUGGGGGUAUUUGUUGAAUUGCCAUCAUAUCUCUAUAAGUGUAUUGGUCUAGUUCAUAAAACGUGGAAAUAAGAGUAACCAAGUAUCACUGAACAUCUUGUGCGAGUUAUAGUAGUUUUCAAAAUCAGCACUGCUGCUAUAUUGAAUCGCGUGAUGCAGGUGAGACGGCCAGAGGCAUUCCACUUGUUCCCUCUAAGAACUAAAAAGAUGAAUUGAUAAAUGAAUUAGUGCAUUAGAUUUUCAUUGCUGCAACUUAUUUCCUAAGAAGGAAGACAUAUCAUUCACUCAUGUAUUGAAAAAUGAAACAAUUAGGAUUUCAUGUAAUAACAUAACAAACAGGAUAGUGGGGAUGUGACAUCAUCAGCUAACCUAUUGAAUAUUCAUGACAAUGUGAAUAUAAAUAUUUUCCUAAUAUUUUCCCAAUACUUUACGAAACUGAAAAAUUCAAUAACUUUGCUAUUUGUUAUCAGAUUUUGAUAAAAUUUACACCAUUUUAAUCUGUGAAUUUUAAAUAUAAAUAUUUUCACACCGGAAUACCUCUUUAAAUGACGUCAUCAACAUGGCGCCUCAAAAUGUGACAUUGUGCCUUGGUGAUUGUCAAAAAUACGUGUCUAAACUACAAUUUUAAUCAGUAAGUGAUUUUCCCACCAUAAUGAGGAUUUGCAGGUAGCAUACAUGUAGAAUGUCAGGCUUCAAACUCAAAGUAUACUUGUUUUCACUGAACCCAUACGUGAAUCCAGAGGCCUAAACGUCCACGGCCCCCUUAUUGAUGGCACCAAAAAAAAAGGGAAACGGGGGAAGGAAAAAAGAAAAGAGAGAGAGAGGAGGAAGAGGAGGAAUAAAAGAAGAAAGAAGAGGGGAAUAAGAAAAGUUAAUGAAAUAAGGAAAGAGGAAUAACUGGAAUAUUUUUUUUAUAUCAGGUCAUUAUAAAUAAAAAAAUCUUGCUCACCCUAUACGCACGUAUUGCCUGUAGGAGGGGGGGGGGGUCAAAAUCUGCUCUAGAAGAUAAGUGGAUUGUUAUUCCGAUCUCAAGUCAGUAUGCACAAAUUGUAUUUCAGGGUAUUCGAUUUUCCAUCAAUUUGUUUCGGCGAGAAACGCAUCCUAUUCCUGGUUACAAGUAGGUGCUGAUUGUCAAAACAUUUUCAGCUCGCAACACGCCCUCACAUUAGUUGCUUAACACUUGUUCUUUGUUUCAAAAACGGGCUGAAAAUGUCCAGUUCUGAGAUCUGAAUACGGUAAAGAUUUUCAGCUCGCGCAUGGCGCUCGUAUCAAAUGUUUAAUUAGAUAUCCACCAUGUUCAUGGUUACAAAACGUUCUUAGAAUGUCCAGUUUUUAGGUCGGUAGUCCUAUACCGCUUCGUGCUGGCAUUGAUUAUUAAUUUAGAUACCCACCCUAUUCAUGAUUUUAAUAAGCGUUUAAAAUGUCGAGUUUUUAGGUCGAUUUCGAGCUAGCGCUUCGCGCUCUCAUUGUUGUAUUACUGAGAUAUGUUUCAUUAUCAUCAUUUUUCCUGGAAACAAUCUUUAACAGGUCCCUUUGACCAUUUAACAUAAUUUUCAACUAACUCAUGAUUUAUGUCUGUACCAGGCUCGCAAUAAAAUAUUCCGCACCACAAGAGUUCAGUAACUACAGAGCAGAGCGGCGCUACUUCUACGAUCACCCAUUCAAAUACUCGGGCACAAAAGGGAUGGCGUUGGUUACAGGUCUGGUGCUGCUAAUACACUGAAAAAACUCCGGUAUUGAUUUAACACCAGCCCGGAAUCUAUAUAUGUCCACACCAGAGAAGUGUUAAACAACACCAGUUUGGUUUUGGUCUAACUCCAGAUAUGUGUUUAUACAACACCAAUUAGUAUUAAACAGCAUCGGCUUGAUUCCAAACUGGUGUUAUUACAAUACUUCUCUGGUGUGGACAUAUACAGAUUCUGGGCUGGUGUUAAAUCAACACCGGAGUUUUUGCAGUGUAGCAGCGUCAAAAUAGCACCGGUCUGGCGCGGGCUAUUUUAGCACGCGGCAAUCAUAAACUCAAAAUUUGUACGACUUAGCCCGGAGCUGGUCUGGACCAGCGAGUUACUGCAAGCGGUAUCAGUUCUCGCUUCGCACUCGCAUUAAUUCGAUAGACGUCCUAUUCAUUCUUACAACAGCUGCUCAGCACCGGUCUGGCGCGGGCUAUUUUAGCACGCGGCAAUCAUAAACUCAAAAUUUGUACGACUUAGCCCGGAGCUGGUCUGGACCAGCGAGUUACUGCAAGCGGUAUCAGUUCUCGCUUCGCACUCGCAUUAAUUCGAUAGACGUCCUAUUCAUUCUUACAACAGCUGCUCAGCAUGUUUAAUUUUCAUAAAAUGUCAUCAAGAUCAGAUAAUGUCAUGAAGAAAAAAAUGACUUGGAAAAACCGACAAAGGGCAUUAUGCACACUGCCAUAUAAGGACUACACUGUAAAAAAUAUUGGGUACAUUUUUUUGCCACCGCGAGGGUAAUUAUGUGUCCAACCAAUUAGGGGCAGUAUUUUACCCAAUAAGGGAAGCGUAUCGUCCAGUAAGGUUAAAAAUAAGCAGCAAUUACUUCAGAAUAGGCAAUAUUUUCAUCACACUGGAUUAAUGAAAAUGCCCAAGAGAAAUGCUCAAUUUUAAUUGGACACAUAAUUACAUUCAUGACGCACUGUCACCCAAUAUUUUUAAGAGUGUGUAAUGCAUAACAUUAAGUUAAGGGCAUUAUUGAUCCGAUGACGUCACACACUACCUUCACUCUAAUCAAUAAAUUUCAGAUAUCUAACUUUUACAGACGAAAUACUAUUUAUUUGAAUCUUAGAAUUGCAUCUGUUCAAUGAAGUGUCAGACCAUGUAUAAUAUUUCAACAAAAAUAAGGGUAUAUGAAAUUUCGUAAUAGAGAACGGGCAAGUGUGUGAUAUAUUCGUCUUUCCUUAAAAUACUAAUAAUAAUUGUGACGGAACCCUAUGUCUGGUUAUGAGAACAUUUGAUAUUAUGUUCAUUUGUUGUAUAUUUACUAUUCCUAUCAACUCGACAUAAGAAAUGACUUGAUCUAUCUCCAAGCCAUCUUUAGCAUUCUGAGAAAACUUACGCGACGCGGUUUAAGUCAAUGUUAUGCGCUUGCGCAGAAUAGCCAUUCCUGCGUUCGUGUAUAAGGUCAUGUGACAACGAAUUGAAACAAAAAAUCACAUACUUGAUUUUUAUGGCAAUGUGUGAAUUUAGUAUUAAACUAAAAAUGUAUUUUUUUUUUUUUUUUUUUUAAACAAGUGCACAUCUAGUUUCCAAUAAUGCAUGUAGCAUUUCCAUUUAUUUGACAGCAGGAUAAAAAAGCAUUGUAGAUUAAAUGCCUUGCUCACGGGCAUAGGUGCCGCGGCCGGGGAUCGAACCCCGGACUUUCCAUGUAUAGCUAGGCGCCUUAGACCACUCGGCCACGGCACCUGAAUCCUUAAAGUUUACUAUCGAUUCCUUCUGAUAUUAAACCUUGACGUUGAUGACGUUUUCUCAGUAAGUGCAAUAAAUAAAAAUAUUUUUAAAACUAUGAUGUGUGUGAAACACUUCCAAGUCAGUGGUGUGAGAGUGAUAGUAAGCAUGCGUGUGUGUGUGUGUGUGUGGUGUGUGUGAAUGCAUGAGGGUGGGGAGGGUGUCAUGUGUCUGUGUGUGUAUGUGUGGGCUGUGUUAGGGAGGGUGUGUGUGUGUGUGUGUGUGUAUUUGUGUGCAAGCGCACAUGUUGAAAAAAGCGCGCUUUCGUUCAUUCAUUUAAAGAAAUAUUUGGUUUCUUCCGUUUUCACAAAAUAUGAUUUUUCAACAUAGAUUAUAAAAAUCAUUUGUUAUUUGAAUGAAUAUAAAUGUAUAACAUUUUUUUUGGGGGGACAGAAGGCUUUAUUUCCUAAAAGCAAUAGCUUGUGAUGGAAUUCGCUUGAGACGUGCAAUUACAUAUUCAUUGAUUGGACAUUUUUUGGAAAUUGAGGUAAAAUUGCUACGGGCCUACCCUCUAUAAAGAAUACUAUAUAGAAUUUUAUCGAAAUUUCAUAAAUCCAUUGAUUAAUAUAGGCAUUCAUAUACUUGUGCCUCUAUCGUGUCGUAUUUAUGUCUGGGGCUUAUUAUUUGAUCAUGUGAUGGUGCUUGGUAAAAAUUAUGUCUCCACCAUAUCUAUAUCUCCGCAAACAUUUUGUUUGACGGUCGUGUUUCCAGCUGUUACUCACUAUUUUUAUGUUUCCCCAUUUUGUGUUUAUAUUAUUUGAAACUCCGUAGACUUGACGGUUUUGGAAUUAUCUGUAAAAAAAUUGUGAUGAUUUCUGGAUUGGUUAUUUAUUUCAUUAUAUAUAUUAUGCUCCAAUUGUCAUACUGAAUAUUAAUUGAUUAAAAUGCUUAUAAUAUCACGUAUAA